AUGUCUACGAUCAUUCCCAAUGAUAAAAUAACAGUGAACGAUAAAGGAAAAUGGCGUCGUCGCCAUUCAAUUGUUCGUGAAUUCAGUUUAAAUACAUCGACUCAUGGAAUUCCGGGUAUUGCUCGAAGUGAAAGUAUACAUAAUCGUGUAUUUUGGUCGAUUUCUUUCAUUGGCUUUGCUGCUAUUAUGGUCUAUUUUAUUGUUAAAGCAAUUUCAGCCUAUUUCGGUUAUCCAACACAGUUUAAUCUAGAUGUUGUCAGCGAAUGGCCACAAUAUUUUCCAGCAGUCACUAUUUGUAAUAGUUCACCACUUCGUUUUGAUAAAUUCAUUGAACCAUUUUUAAAUUAUACAAAUUCACUUAAUUUGACUAAUUCGAAUGAUACCAGUACAUUGUCAUCAAUUCAAGCAACGUAUGUUUCAGAUUUUCUAAUUGAUAAAAUCAACAAAAAUGAAUCAUUGGAAUCAAUGUUUUAUUCUCUUUCUUCAAUGCUCUACAAAUGUACUUACAAUGGUUUGCCAUGUUCAACAGCUGAUUUUAUUUCAUUUACUACAGCAUCUUACGGUCGUUGUUAUACAUUCAAUGCUAAAAUGAUCAAUAGCAACGGCGAUAAUCUACGUUAUGGAAAUGAUAAUGCUGGUAACGGAAUACUUGAAUUAGAAUUUUAUAUACAUAGUCAUCAAUAUGUGCCGUAUUUUACAACUGGUAUUGGUAUGGUAAGUGUCGUACAUGAUAAUACUGAAAUUCCGCGAGUCGAUGCAGAAGGCAUUGAACUCACACCAGGACGAAAACAUAAGUUGGCCUAUAAGAAAAAACAAACUUUUUUAUUACCUUCACCUUACACAGAAUGUACUGACAAAGUUUCUUUCGGCAUGCAAACCAUGUUAACACAUUAUGAUGGCGCUGAUUAUGGCAAUGUUGAGUUCAUAUGUUUUCAAGUUUGUGGACAGGUGUAUGCAAAAUGUUUUUGUUGUAGUUAUGAACAAUGUGGUUGUAUCGAUCCUACUCUAUGGAAUACGCAGUCACUUGUAUUACCAAGUACAAACAAAAGUAUUUUUGCGCCUCUUUGCAAGUCCACUGAUAUCUGUUAUACUCAAUCAUUUAACACACUUUUGAAUUCGUACGAUAUUCAAGACAUAUAUUGCACUGAUUGUUCACAACAAUGUACAGUGAUCGAUUUUUUUAUUCAAACAUCAUCAUUAGCAGUAGCAUUCGAGUGGGAAAUGAAUGGGAUUAAAGCAUUUGUAGAAAAUUCUUCAAUUCCAUUACCAUCCGAUUGGUCAACAACAUGGCGUACAUAUAUUCCAGAAAAUUAUUUGGUCCUUAGAGUCGUACGCGAUACAAAUUUAAUCGAAAACUAUACACAAACAGCACAACUUAGUGUAGUAGAUGUUCUUUCAAAUAUUGGUGGUCAAACAGGUCUAUGGAUUGGUAUUAGUUUUCUUUCAUUAAUGGAAUUCAUUGAAAUGUUAUACCGACUCGUUCGAUACCAAUGUCAUUUGAUUCAAGUGGCAAUACAAAGAAGACAAUAA